AUGACUUCGAGGCCCGAAACCAAGAUUCCUGACGAGAUCACGCUGCCAUACCCUAUUAUUGGGGCCGGGACAAUUGAGAGCGGGUUUGGGCGCGGUUCGGCCGAGCUUGGAAUUCCGACUGCCAAUAUUCCAGUAACCUCGGAAUUAAAUAAAUUGGAGACCGGAAUCUAUUAUGGGUGGUGCAGAUUGGUGCCUCGGAAUCAAGAAUGCGCCGCUAAGCAGCGUUCUGAUGGGAAAAAAGUGUACUUUAAUAAUGGAACAAAACUUGCUGACGAUGAACUUGAAACAUUCCCAAUGGCCAUGUCGAUUGGGUGGAAUCCAUUUUAUAAUAAUGAGACCAAAACCGCCGAAGUUCAUAUCAUUCACAAGUUCCGGGAAAACUUCUACGGUGCCGACCUCCGGUAUGCAGUUAUGGGCCACAUCCGGCCCGAACUCAAUUACACCACCAAGGAAGCAUUGAUUGCAGAUAUCAAUAAGGAUAUAGAAAUCACCAAAGACGCAUUAUCGAAGCCCAGUUAUGAGAAGUAUAGGACGAAAAUAUGA